AGUGUCAUUCCAACCUUCUACCAGCCCGCUGCCUUCAACCAGCCUGCUGCUCUCUACCGCCACCUCACCUUCACUGAACUUCAACAUGAGGUACAGUUUCGUGCUGCUGGGUCUUCUGGCCUUCAUGUGUGCCACUUCAGGCUACGUCCUGGAGGACCAGGACGACGCUCUCAGCGACACCGACGACCUUCCAGAAGGGGUCGUCCUCGAAAACUACGAUGGGGACAGGGCCGAACAGAUAGAUGUUGCUGACAUUGAAUUAAGGAGAAACAGCCGCCAGAAGCACGGACGCCACCACGGUCACCACGGACAUGGCAGCCACAGCCACGAACAUCAUCAUAGACGCACAAGGAGGAGGAGGAGGAGGACUACAACCACCACGCCAACCACUACUAGCACAACUACCACCUCCACGACUACCACUACCGCAACUACCCCAUCCUCCACCUCCACCACCACCGUCCCCACUACCGCGGGGUAGUGCCACACAGAAAUUAACAACAAAAAUUCCGUGUCAGUGUAGCUAACAAAUGGAAUGCACUAGGCAGUGAUAUGGUGGAGGCUGAUUCCAUACACAGUUUCAAAUGUAGAUAUGAUAGAGCCCAGUAGUCUCAGGAAUAUGUACACCAGUUGAUUGAUUUGUGAGAACCGGGAACAAAGAGCCAGAGCCCCGCAAGGACAACUAGGUGAAUACAACUACCAACACCACUACCCCAACUACUAACAUCACUAUCCAAACUACCACCACCACUAUCCCAACUACCACCGUAUAGACCAUUGAUUCAGAAACGACACGUGUUUGGAUUUUCGUAAUACGACCAUCGUAGCACAGACAACACCUGCUCACAUUUAAAAAUGAUAUUGUGUAUGUUAUCUUUACAUCUUUCGUAACAGAAAUAACAACAAUAUAGGUGCAAAAGGGUUGAUGGCAGAUUCAUAACAAAAAACAUGAAACCAAAAGAAACAUUUAGAAGGUACAAGAAAAAUGUACAAAAUAAAGAAUAUGAACAGUGACGACAAAAACACAGUCAGGAUCGUCAGCAAGAACAUGAAUGGCAGCUUAGGUAAACACCUAAGAGAAGAAGAACAACAAUGGGUAACAUAAAAACGAAAGAAUCUAUUAGAAGUGCAAAAACACACACGAAUAAAAUGAACGACAACACCAUCAAGAGUUAAACAAGGACAAAAAAGGAGUAAUAAUGAAAGCAAAUUAAAAUGUAUAAAACAAGAACGAAAGAAACAAAAUAUCAACACAAAACGACAAAGCAAGCAACACCCUCAACAUCAACAAAGCAACAACAUCAAUAAUGGUUACAGUGAUUAUGUUUUAAGAUAAAUUAACAUAAUUACUUUUGUAAUAGUGUCAAGUGAAGAAUACUUGCAGGUAAAUUCAGUUCUAUUCACUUACUAAUAACAUUAAUAAUAUUUUAUUUAGAAAAAAUACACAUGAGCAGAUUACAGUAGUUACCUAGUGGGUAGAAUAUUUGUAUAUUUUAUCACACCACAAAUUAGAUGCAACGUUUCGGUCAUUAAUACAUCUUGAAGUUGAAUAAUUGAGUGGAUGUAAAUAGAAACUGCCUCGUAUGGGCCAGUAGGCCUUCUGAAGAGACCUUCAUUCAUAUGUUCUAUGUUCUUUUUCUUAAAUGUUAUAAUUCUGAGGCGAGAAUCACGUUCAAAUAACACGUUACAAAAGAUUGUUGAGAUGACGAGAGGCUCCUUAUUAAUUUAAAGUGACACGAAGAAUUUUUGUAAAGUGACAUGAUGAUAUUGUCUACAUGACUUGAAGCACAUUAUAUUUAAGGGUGAAGGGAAUUGUUGUUUAAAUAACAUGAAGAUUGAUAUUGUUCAAAUGAUUUCAGGCAUUUUACUGCUGUAUUUGUUAAAAACAAUUGGAUAAUAAAGAUUAAUAUACUGCA